AUGGGGACCACCGAUGCUCUUCUCAGUCGUGAUAUUGCAAACAACCAGCUCACGCAUACUCUCGCUAAGGUUACUCAAGCCCUCUCAGAUGAGUGUGCCGCUGCACUGAAUGAUCACUUUCCGGCCAAAGAAGAAUGGAGUGAUAUCUGCCUGCGGGAGCACGUUUUACAGCUCGUUGCCCGACUCUCGUCCCGCGUUUUCCUUGGCGAUGAGGGCGCCAACAACAGAGCCUGGCUCAGGAUCACAACUGAAUACACUAAAACAGCGUAUAUUGCCGCAUAUAUGCUGCGACUGUGGCCGCCUUUUCUUCGGCCCUUCGCGCACUGGUUCCUCCCGCAUUGUCAAAAGUUGCGCGGUCAGGUAGCUGAGGCGCGACGCAUCAUCACCGGGGUCAUUGAGAGGCGCCGGGAGAGCAUAGCGGCUGCAGAGCUGGCCGGCCAGCAGAUCCCUCAAUAUAACGAUGCAAUCGAGUGGUUCGAGCAAGACGUUGCAAAGCAGGACGGCCGGUAUGACCCCGUCGUGGCACAGCUCAUCUUGGCUCAGGCGGCGAUUGAGACGACAACGGAUCUUCUGACGCAGGUUAUUCUUGACCUGGCACAACACCCUGAGCUGGCAGACCCUCUAAGAGAAGAAGUCACCAAGAUUAUCCGCGAGGGAGGCUGGCGAAAAUCGUCAUUAUACGAAAUGAAAUUGCUAGACAGCGUCCUGAAAGAAAGUCAGCGUCUCAAGCCAUUAGCCAUGACAUCGAUGCAUCGACUUGUUCUCGAAGAUAUCACCCUGUCAGAUGGAACUCGUCUACCCAAAGGAAGCGUCAUUGGAGUCUCUGUGGACCGCAUGUGGGACCCCAGCGUUCACGAGAAUCCGACUCAGUUUGAUGGUUUCAGAUUUCAGCGGAUGCGCGAUCAUCCUGGUGGCACAGCCAACCAGGCUCACCUAGUCAGCACAAGUGUGAACCAUCUGGCGUUCGGCCACGGGAAGCACGCAUGUGCCGGUCGCUUCUUCGUUGCCCACGAGACCAAAAUAGCGCUGACCCAUUUAUUGCUCAAGUACGACUGGAGAAUUGCUUCGUCUUCUAUUGAUGCGAGACCCAUGGAAUUCGGACUCGUGCUUCAGGCCAAUCCAAAAGCCAAGAUCUCUAUUCGGGCACGGCAACCGGACAGCGAAGGGCCCAUUCGAGCUUGA